AUGGGUCAGCAGCAGUUAAAGACACUGGGAUAUGGAAGCUGGAGUGAACUGGCAAAAGCACUGGAAGACCAAAACAAACCGAGAGUCAAUCCAAGUCUUAAGUUCUAUUUGCCUGUAAAGACAAACAUUCAGGGGCAUUUGGAUAACAAAAACUGUUGCAUUUUCAUAUGUUUGCAGUUCCAAGGUCAAGUAAAUCUUCAUGUUUUUGAAGACUGGUGUGGUGCAUCUAUUGAACAAUUGAGGAGAAAUCUUCACUUUCCUUUGUAUCCUCAUACACGGACUACUUUGAAGAAGCUAGCAGUAUCACCCAAAUGGAGAAACUAUGGAUUACGGAUAUUUGGUUACCUGCAUCCAUACAAGGAUGGUAUAUUUCAGUUUGCGAUUGGGGCUGAUGACAAUGCUGAGUUUUGGCUGAGCCAAGGGAAAAACAUCUCAGAGCUUCAACUGAUGGCCAGUGUAGGCAAGACUGGAAAAGAGUGGACAGCACCAGGUGAAUUUGGGAAAUUCAAGAGCCAAAAGUCAAGGCUCGUGAAAUUGUCAGCUGCAAACAAAUAUUACUUUGAAAUUCUGCACAAGCAGGAUGACAAAGGAACAGAUCAUGUGGAAGUUGCAUGGAGACUGGAUAAUCCUGAAGCCAAGUUUACAAUUAUUGAUUCUGAAUUCCUCUCCCUUUAUGUUGACGAAACUCUUCUCAAAAUGGAUGAAGUUGGUCAUAUCCCACAGACACCAGCCACUCGGGCAAACCAGAUGCCUGGUCAGGAUGCUCUAGAACAUCCAGCAGACAUGCUGAAGGCUGACCACCGGGACACAAUUUAUGCAUUGCCUCUCUUAAGGAAAUCCCACGUCCGCCGGAUCUUUCCAGAAUGUCGAUACAAACCAAGUUACGUGGUCAAUGGAUUCAAACUACAGCGCUACCAGGGUCUCAAUUUUGUUCGACUGUCCUUUGUGUAUCCCAAUGACUACACCCGGUUGACACACAUGGAGUCACUUAACAAAUGCAUCUACCAGGAAAGUGAGUUGUAUCUGAAGAGGUUUGGAUUUUCUAAAUACAUGCAGAUGGAUCCACCAGAAGAUGAAUCAAAAAUACAAGCUUAUGAAGAGGACAGUUUUGAUGAACCUCAGUAUGCAGAUCCAGUAACAGCAAAGAUAGAGCCUGGAAAAGUCCACCUGGCAACUGAUCGCUAUAACAAUGUUUAUGCCAAUUCGGUUCAGAAACAUCGGAAUAUCUUGUCAGUUACCCAAAACAGGCAGAAGACAGAUGAGAAGAGACACAAAACCAAAGCAGAAAGUCAUUCUACCACAAGGACCUCCCAGAUGAUAUUUAGCACAAACUUUCAAAACCUUCCCGAUCAGGACAGGAAUGUCCGCAGAUCAACAACCAAAAGGAAAGUAGGAGGCAAAGAUUUGCAGACUGACAAAAGACCCGAGGUGACUAAGGAACGUGGGAAUUCAACAACAGAAGCCAGUCAAGCUCAGUUAGGCUUCAAUGCAACCGGAACCCAGAAAGUGUCAUUGAAUACCAGCAAAAUUGGAAGGGAUCCCCAAAAAGUUGAAGAGGAAACUGGCAAGAGGACCCCCCGAGAGCAGCCUAUGCAUGAAAACCAAUGGCUUAAGCAAGUGGAUUCCUACAUAGCCCGACAUAAAGCCGCAGAUGCCACUAACAUCAUUAUCGAUAGGAGAGAUUUAGAUUCCAAGCAGCAAGUGAGGACUGAUUCUUCCCACCAAGCAACCCAAAAGGAAGAGCAUGUUACAAUAGUGGAAGAAGAAAAUGAAGAGGAAGAAGAAGAAGAAGAAAACGAUGAUGACUUAUUCGCUUCUCCUCCUCUUUUCUAUGACCCAGUAGUAAAUUGGAAGCAGACUUUCAAGGCCAGAAAUGUAGACUUCCAAGCUCUACGGUCAGACCGGAUUGAUUUGAAGUGUAACACUUCUGGGAACCUGCUUUUACAAGAGAAGGAGGCCAGCAUGGUUGUUCAAGUAUUCCUUAAAAAACUGAACCAGAAGACCAAAGGGCGGUUCCAGUUAGAGCGCAUUGUGAAUGUGGAGAAGCGUCAAGACUACCUAAGGGGCAGCCGUUACUUUCUGGAGCUGGAACUGUUGGAGCAGGGAAAACGCCGAGUCCGGUUCUCAGAAUACGUCUACGCACGUGGCUGGCAUGGGGGCAGCAGCAGAGAGGAGGAAGCCAAUAUGAAGGAGUUGGCGUGGGGCUACCGACGUCACCUGAUGACCAGCAAGGAUGAGCCUGUGCUCUGCUGGCCAUUAAGCUUCUUAUGGAACCCCCGUGCGGUUGUCCACUUUAUAGUGCCCGUGAAAAAUCAGGCCCGCUGGGUGAAGCAGUUCAUUUUUGACAUGGAAGAGUUAUUCAGGAUUACUAAGGACCCCUAUUUCAAUGUAAUCAUCGUAGACUACAGCAGUGAUGACAUGAAUAUAGAAAAAGCUCUGAAACAGUCAAGCUUGCAUAGCUACCAAUACUUGCGAUUGUCUGGGAAUUUUGAGAGGUCUAAAGGUCUGCAGGCUGGCAUAGACAAAGUCAAGGAUUCUCACAGCAUCAUUUUUCUUUGUGAUCUGCACAUCCACUUCCCAGCAGAGAUUGUUGACUCUGUUCGGAAGCACUGCGUGGAAGGGAAAAUGGCCUUUGCACCCAUUGUUAUGAGGCUGAAGUGUGGUGCCACUCCACAACAGCCAGAUGGCUACUGGGAAAUUAAUGGUUUUGGUCUCCUGGGCAUAUAUAAAUCUGAUUUAGUUCGUAUCGGCGGAAUGAACACGCAAGAAUUCCGUGACAAAUGGGGCGGGGAAGACUGGGAACUCUUGGACAGGAUAUUUCAGGCAGGCCUGGAGGUAGAGCGACUUUAUAUCAGGAAUUUCUUCCAUCACUACCAUUCCAGGAGGGGCAUGUGGAAUCGACGUGUGCUACAGAUCUGA